AUGGACCCUGCGGGCAGGACCAGGCUGCCUCCACCUCCCGGCCACGACACCUGUGGAAAGAGGCAGCGCAAGCAGAGGCCGGCGCAGGGUGGGCUGGGGGAGCCAGGGGAAGGCGUGUCGUUAAAGGAAACUGCCCACUUUCCAAAUGACCCCCAGACGCUUAAAACAGCCGGCUGUCCUUCCCUCGUCUGCGAGCGAGCCGCUGGGCUUCUGGCAAAGCUGACUUUAGCCCUUCAUUGGAGCACAGCUCCUGACCACGGUAGUUCCUUCAACAUCACGAAAGAGACCUGGAUAGACUUCAAGAUUAAAACCGUUGAAUUACAAGGAAAGAAGAUCAAGCUACAGAUAUGGGACACAGCGGGGCAGGAACGGUUUCACACCAUCACCACCUCCUAUUACAGAGGUGCCAUGGGGAUCAUGCUAGUAUAUGACAUCACCAAUGCCAAGAGCUUUGAAAACAUCAGCAAGUGGCUCAGAAACAUAGAUGAGCAUGCCAAUGAAGAUGUGGAGAGGAUGCUGUUAGGAAACAAGUGUGACAUGGAAGAUAAAAGAGUUGUCCCUAAAGCAAAAGGCGAACAGAUUGCUAGGGAGCACGGUAUUAGGUUUUUCGAAACUAGUGCAAAAGCAAAUAUAAACAUUGAGAAGGCAUUCCUCACAUUAGCAGAAGACAUUCUUCGAAAGACCCCUGUAAAAGAGCCCAACAGUGAAAAUGUAGAUAUCAGCAGUGGAGGUGGGGUGACAGGCUGGAAGAGCAAGUGUUGCUGAACGUUCUCCUGUAUCACCAAUCGCCAUCCACCGCCCCUUUUUUCUCGCUGCAAAACAAACCACUCUGCCCGUUUUUAACCUUAAACCAAUGUUUUGUUCCUCAUCUUAACAAGCUCCUGUCUCCCUUUGUUUUUCUGUUUAGGACAGCUUGCAUACUAUAAUUUUCUCAACAACAUGUAUAGGAAAAUCAUCUCCGUGACUUCAUUUUUUCAUGUACCUGCUCAACUUACCACUACGUUUUGGUUGUAUUAUAGUCCCGUUCCUCCUGACAUUAAAACAUAUAGCAAUCAUAUUCAAUUCUAUUCUGCAAAUUGUAUAAGAAUAAAAGUUAGAAUUAACAAUUUAUUUUGUACAACAGUGGAAUUUUCUGUCAUGGAUAAUGUGCUUGAGUCACCAUACUCUCUAGAUGCAUCAGCAAAAGAGCCAGGAAAACACUCAUUUUCGCCUUGAGUCUGUGAAUGGGGUUUAUUUUGUCCUGUGCCUUAUGUGGAAAGGAACUUUUGUUUUCACUUUUUUUUUUUUUUAUUUCUUUUCUUCUGGUGGAAGCAUGUGCAGGAGACAUACCAUCCAUACUUGACCAUUUUUAAAAUACUGAACUCUUUUGUGAUUGCUUUCUGUAAUUGUUGGUGUAAUGCAUCGAGGACAAAGGGUGGUGCAAAAAAAAAAAAAAAUUACAUUUAAUCUGCUGUGUCUCCUUUUUGGUGAUCUAGCCAUU